UUAAUCCACACCACAAGACAUGUAGUUAUCCUCUUCAUGGACGUUUUGUACGACAAGAAGCUCCGUUUACCGGACGGGAAGAUCAUCAGCGCGCAGGAGCACCUGCAGAAGACCAAAGUCAUCGUGUUCUUCUUCUCGGCCGGCUGGGUGAACAACACCGAGGAGCUGAUCGACAAGAUCAAGAUGAUCCACGACGAGAUCAGGAAGCAGCGGCUCAAGAUCGAGAUCAUCUACGUGUCGGCGGACAACGAGCAGAGCGAGUACGACGGCUACAUGCAGAAGCAGGGCCGUUGGUGCGCGCUGCCCUUCAAGGAGGCCAGCAACGACGAGCUGCGCUGGCGGCACAACAUCACCUGCCUGCCCCAGGUGGUGGUGUGCAAGCUCGACGGGACGGUGGUCACCGUCAAAGGGAAGGACGAGCUCUACAAGAAGGGCAAGAACGUGUUGGUCACGUGGACCGAAUGGGUGCAAAAGUAGUACUAUGUAUCGAUGGGAUUGUUUAUUACAUUGAUCGAUCG